AUGGUCGUCUCCCACGUUGUGCUGCUCUCCUUCAAACCUGGCAUCGGUGAUGUGCAGAAGGAGGAAGCGUUGACUCGCCUCCGCGAGAUCAAGGACAAAGCAGUGCACCCAACAACUGGCAAGCCUUUGGUCAAGUCACUGACUGGCGGUAAGAAUAACUCUCCCAAGGGUUACAAUAAGGGUUACGAGUACGCCUUCACCUGGGAGUUCGACACACCCGAAGAUCGAGAUUACUACACCUUCAAAGAUCCUUAUCAUACUUCGAUCACUCCUGUUAUUUUGGACGCGAUUGAGAACAUCAUUGUGGUGGAUUUCACCCCCCACGAGUACUGA